UGGAGUCAGCGCUCUGGUCUCCCAGCAACACAGUGUAAAUAACUCGGUGUCGCUCCUGUUGGCUUCAGAGCAUGAGAAAGAAGAGGAGAAAUGAAUGAAACACUGGUUAUUCAAUGAGUUAGCUGGUGGGAAGUUUAAGUGCAUCCUGGAAGCAAAUCCUUAAAGCGAAAUUACAGAUCAGACAGGCUGCUAAUGGUUGCUGGCUAGCCAAUGGGGCUGUUUGACAAGUUGGCAGGAUGGCUGGGGUUAAAGAAAGAGGUGAAUGUGCUGUGUCUUGGUCUGGACAACAGUGGAAAAACCACCAUCAUCAACCAACUCAAGCCCUCUAAUGCUCAGGCCCAAGACAUCGUCCCAACCAUUGGCUUCAGCAUAGAGAAGUUCAAGACAUCCAGUCUUUCCUUCACAGUGUUUGACAUGUCUGGUCAAGGCAGAUACAGAAAUCUUUGGGAACACUACUACAAGGAAGGCCAGGCUAUCAUAUUUGUCAUUGAUAGUGCAGACAAACUGAGGAUGGUCGUUGCCAAAGAAGAACUGGACACAUUACUUAACCAUCCUGACAUUAAACAUAGGAGGAUCCCCAUCCUGUUCUUUGCUAACAAGAUGGAUGUCAGGGAUGCUCUGUCUUCUGUCAAGGUCUCACAGCUGCUCUGUUUGGAGAACAUCAAAGACAAACCCUGGCACAUCUGUGCCACUGAUGCUCUGAAAGGAGAAGGCUUACAGGAGGGAGUCGACUGGUUACAAGAUCAAAUCAAAACAAUGCGAACGUGAGGGUCUGAGGAUGGACGCGCGGAAGUAGCAGCAUUCCUGGAAGUCCUUAAUGAAAGAUGGAUUGACCCUGUUUUCAGAGGUACCAUGGGAUAUUACUGUUUUUAAAGGGUUAUUUAGAUGGUUCCCAGAUGCGUGUGGUUUCUUAUUGAAAAAUGAGUGCAUGAUUUGAUUCCCUGGUACCAGUUACAGCAGUAAAAACACAUCCAUCAACAGUGCUGAGUCAGCAAGAAACAUAUGAAUUUGAAACUUUAAUACAUAAAUUCUUACUUUUCCAUGCCAGCGUUUAAACUGCAACAACUGUCCUCUUUCUCACUAUCUUUGUGACGCAAUCUCAAAGGGAUCAUGAUAAACUAUAGCUGCUUUUGAAUGAGUUAUUGUGGUUGGUGGGUUUUUUUGGGGAGCAUGAAUAACCAGGAUAUCUAUGUAGUGUUGAGAGUGUUGUUUUGUAUGUUGUAGCCCUUCAACAAUGUGCCAGCUAACCUGAAGAGACAACAUGUUUCACAGCUGGUUGUUCAGACUAGCACCACAUUAUUCCCCCUGAGAUCUAAACUCAAGGUCUUUUGCCCUUAAUCCACUGGCCCACAAUUACUAAUAUUGUCUAAUGUGCUAAUACACAAGACAACCUGUAAGGAAGGUCCUUUAGAAAUUGUUUCCACCUCUGAAAUAUGCCAAAUGCUCAAUUUUUUCUUUCUUUUUUAACUCUCUCAGGGCCUCUGUUGAUACAUUAUUAUUAUCUGUGUUUGAAGGAUCACAGCCGUUCAAUUAUCUAUCAUUUACUUCUUCAGUAGAAGCAAAUAUUUUGGUAUUUGUUUCAUGCAUUUGAGAGCACAUCGCCUUUCUCAAACUUGCGAAUAGGGCAAUCUCACUGUCACAUUAAAAACAGGAGCUACUGUGUCUUUACUGCAGCUAAUACUUCAAGCCUCUGCUCAUGUUUGAUGAAUGUUGCUCUUUUUUAAGCAGCGUUAAAAAACAUUUUGAAGAUGAAUUUUUCCAGGACCCGCUAUAUUUUGUUGUACAUAUUGUAGCUAAGUGUACAUGUAUAGUUGACUUUGCUGUAACAAGUGAUAAAACAAUUGUCAUAAAGUGAAUGUCAAGCUAAUUAGUUUGCUUCAAAAUCAAAACUUGUUUUUCAACCAGCAUUUUUAUCUUUGCCUUAUUUCAUUGCUCAAAGAAAAAAAAAACUGUAAUCAAACAAAAUGCGUUGUACAGUGCACUCAUGGUACUCCAGUGAUUCAAAGGCAGACAACUGAAAAGAAAAAUCAUCUGCUCAGUCUGCACACAGUUUUAAAUGCAAGCCUUUGAUCCUCUUCCUCAGUCUUGGACUGAAAGCUUGCAUCCAAAACAAUUUCUCUACAGAUCACAGUGUGUGGUCACUUUUUAGUCAGCUAAGUUGUGUGGGGCAUUUCACUGCUUUUGAGUGAUUUCAAGGCAAAUAGGAACAACUGACAAAAAUGUAUAAUAAAAUAUUUAAAAUGAUAGAGUUUUAUUUUAUAUUCCCUGUGGUAUCAUGCUCACAGAAGUCUCAUGUGAACCUUUUUUUUUUAUUACUACAAAUAUCACAAAUUGUAGAAACUACAAAAAUGUCUCAUAACACUCUGAAAAUUCAUUUUUUAUCCAAUAACGCUUGACAUAGAACUGAAAUAGACAUAAAAUAUCAGCCUGAUGUCAUCAUGGCAUCCUUACAAUCUUGCUCACUUUCAGGGCUGAACCAUAGAGUAAAUCUAGGAUGUGUCAAUGACAGUAGUCGCCUCUAAUUUUGCAAUUUUGUCAAUGAAUAUGAAGUUUAGAAUAUAUUAGGGUUGGUUAGGGUGAAACAGUUCCCAGUACUAGUAAUAUUCAUGAAUUGAGGUCUUUUUUCAAGUUGUGAAUGAAGAAAAGGUCGAGACAUGGUCAGUCCGACCAUUUCAACAGAUUAUGUAGGGCAAGUUAGAUUGUGAAGGCUCAUGCACACCUUCAUUAACUGCAUAGACAGAAAACUGUCUCUGCAUAGUGUCUUAUUACUUGUAAUAUACUUUAUUUACAAUAUUUCAGCCCUCAGAUCCUCAUCAGGUAGAGACUUUCCCUGACUCUACCUUCCUCUAAAGAUUGUAUAUCUAAUUAAAAAAUAAUGCAAGUAAUAAGACAGUGUGCAGGAAUCUUUUUUUUUUACCUAUGUCGAGCAAGUUUUAAAAAAAUCCUUCACAUUAUCAGUAAUCAUUUUAGCCUCAAGACAAGAAACACAAGCUAAAUGUUCUGCAUUCCUUACUUUUGUUGUUACAUCCUUAAAGAUGUUUAUCAUUGUACUAUAAUGUUUUCAUUGCAAGGAGACAGUUGCAAUGUGUUAACGUUCAGCACAGUCACAGUAUCAGUGUCCCCGUUUAGACUACCACUGGGGGACGCCCAAGUCCAAAAUUUUCAAGUCCUCCUGCUCAUAGUCCCUUUAAGGACACCACUUUCACUUUUUAAUAUAUUGUCUAUUCCUAAAUGUAAGACAUUUCAGAAAGAUGAUUUACAGGGGCGAGCGUCAUAUCCUUCAGGCAGACCUUAUGAGAUCAUGUUUCACGUGUCCUCCAGACAUCUAUUUCAAAACAGACCCUGUGAGCACAAGUUCACCUUAGCAUCAGAAACAGUAUAGAUUGUUAUCAAAUAAGCUGUGUGAGUAUGGUUUAUUACAUUGUGUAUGUUAAUUUUCAAAGAAUAAAUGCUGUGGAAAAUGAA